AUGCAGCGACUUCGUCCUACCUUGACAAACAGGCUCCUGGCGAGCCGUGCAUCCCGUCGUUCACUCUCAGCGGGCAGGAAUUCUUCUCCCGCGCACCUUGACUUUCGGGCCUUUGUGGACAUGUUACGAGAGGAUAAUGACUUGGCCGAUGUUAGUGCUGAAGUCGAUCCCAGACUCGAAGUUGCAGCUGCCAUCCGUCUGGCAUAUGAACAGCGCACAAAGGCUCCAUUGUUCCACAAUGUGAAGGGGGCAAAGGACGGCCUAUUUCGCAUUCUGGGUGCACCAGCUGGUUUCUCCAGUGACCCAAAGUUUCCUUACCGACGUCUGGCACAGCACCUUGCACUUCCGAAAGAAGCCGGCGUGACAGAUGUCAUCGACAAGAUGCUAUCGGCAAAGGGAGAAAAGCCUCUCCCUCCAGUUCAUGUCUCCACGGGACCAUGUAAAGAGAAGAUCAUCAUGGGCGACGACGUUGAUCUCACCAAGCUGCCUGCUCCUCUUCUGAACAAGGCCGAUGGAGGGAACUACAUCCAGACAUUAGGGAUCAACAUCAUACCCCAUCCAACAGAGCCAUGGACAAAUUGGUCUAUCGCGCGGGCGAUGGUCUAUGAUAAGACACGAAUGGUCGGUCUCAUCAUGAAACCACAGCAUAUUGCCAGGAUCUUUGAAGAAUGGAAAAAGACUGGUAAAGACGUCCCAUAUGCCAUCGCCCUGGGAGCUCCACCUAUCGCUACCAUGGCCGCCAGUAUGCCCCUACCAGCUGGUGUCUCAGAGUCUGAAUACGUUGGUGCGCUCUGCGGUUCGCCAUUGGAGCUCGUCAAGUGUGAGACCAAUGACAUGUACGUCCCAGCAACAAGCGAGAUCGUACUAGAAGGCACGAUUUCCAUCACAGAUACUGCCAAAGAGGGCCCAUUCGGGGAGAUGCAUGGCUACAGCUUUCUCGAUGAAAACUCCCAACAGCCUUUGUAUACUGUCAAAGCCAUCACUCAUCGUAACAACCCAAUCCUCCCAGUUUGUGUACCUGGACGCGCAAAUCUCGGCCCAGAUGAGACGCAUACCAUGAUUGGAACCCUUGCCUCCGCAGAGAUUCGGCACUUGCUUCAGCAGCACGGUUUGCCGGUGACUCAAGUCUUUGCCUUGUUCGAGACACAGGUCAUUUGGGCGGCUGUACAAGUCGACCGCAAGAAGCUCGCUGAGAUGAAGACGAACGCCAAAGACUUCUGCACGAAGAUAGGAGACCUUGUGUUCCGCAACAAGUGCGGUAUGCAGAUCCACCGUCUGCUUGUUGUGGGAGAGGAUAUCAACCCUUUCGACAUGAAUGAUGUCACUUGGGCUUUUGCAACAAGGUGCAGACCAGCGAUGGAUGAGUUCUGUUUUGAGGAUGUCCCUGCUUACCCGCUCGUGCCGUACAUGUCGCAUGGACCCGGGACAAAGCUCACGGGAGGAAAGGUCGUGGCCAAUUGUUUGUUGCGGGAAGAGUAUGAAGGGAAGCAAGGCUGGGUGACAUGUGAUUUUGAGAAUGGAUAUCCUGAAGAUGUCAAGAAGAGAGUCUUGAGUAGACGUCAGGACUUUGGUAUAUAA